CCUAGAAAAUCAAAAACAAGUUUUACUUCAUUUCAUGCAUUUAUAAAAUCUCAAAAUUAUUGGCAUAUAUUAGCUGAGGCAAUGCAAGGCCUAUUUCCUGGCACUAUAAAGACUUUUGGUCUUUCUAUCAUUAUUGCUGACGAGCGACAAAGGCAAACGCGAAAGGCCUCCACAGAAGCUAUUAAUGCUGGGGAUGGGCUUAAUGGCAAAGAAAGCCAUUUACUGCCGAGAAAAAUUUGUUUUGAUGUUAAACGGAUAGAGCCGUCUUCCUAA